GUUCUCAUCUGAUAAUCAAGUCUCGCAUUCAGCUAGUUUUGUGUAAUGUUUUAAUAAUAUCAUGAUUUAUCAACAUAUAUUACUUAUGGAAAUAAAGCGAAGAUGAAACAUGAUGAAAAUUGUACCAAUUUUACCAGUUCUACAAAACUUUCGACACAUAAGUAGAUUAUACAUACUUCGUUCAAUAUAUAGUCGGCCUGUACUGGCAGUACGUCAUACUGUAACAGAUAACUACACACUGCUAACUCAAAGCAGAAACUCUUCGGUUUAUACGUCCAAAGAUACUAUAUUUUCACUGUCGUCUGGUCAUGGAAGAUGUGGUGUCGCAGUAAUAAGAGUGUCUGGGACAAAAUCAUCAGCAGUCUUAAAAAUCUUGGGUCGAUUCAAAGAAUUACCAAGGCCAAGAUACGCAAAAUUGAGGACCUUGUACGAUCAAACAGAAAAUAUACCAAUUGACUAUGGUUUAGUCCUUUGGUUUCCAGCUCCUAAAAGUUUCACUGGGGAAGAUUGUGUUGAGUUCCAAAUCCACGGUGGACCGGCUGUUGUAGCUGCCAUGGCAACGACUCUAAGUAAAAUUCCAGGGUUACGACAAGCGGAAGCCGGGGAAUUUACCAAACGUGCGUUCUUGAACAACAAACUAGAUCUUACAGAGAUUGAGGGUCUAGGUGAUUUAAUACAUGCAGAAACUGAAGCACAGAGACGACAAGCUUUACGCCAGAUGGAAGGGAAUCUUGGCAAAUUAUACGAUAGAUGGCGGUCUCGUAUCAUAAAGAUGAUGGCAAAUGUUGAAGCAUUCAUAGAUUUCAGUGAAGAUGAAAAUAUAGAAGAAGACAUUAUUAAUCAAGUGAAUAAAGAAGUUAAGGAUAUAUUACUAGAAAUAGAGAAUCAUCUCCAUGACAACAGAAGAGGAGAAAGACUAAGGUCAGGUGUUAGAGUGACGAUUCUAGGUGAACCAAACGUUGGAAAAAGUAGUUUACUCAAUCUGAUAGCUCAACGACCUGCUGCUAUUGUGUCUGAUAUUGCCGGGACAACACGAGACAUAGUCGAGUCAGCAGUAAACAUAGGUGGUUACCCUGUAUUACUUAGUGAUACUGCUGGUCUACGGGAGUCUGACGAUGUUAUAGAGAAGGAAGGGGUUAGGAGAGCACUUGACAGAGCAAAGAGUUCCGAUUUAAAAGUCAUCAUGUUGUCAGCAAAGGAUAUUGAAAAAAAAAUUCAAGAUGACGAAAUGUUUGAUCUCCGUGUUUAUAUUGAAGAAACACUAAAACAACUUGGUUUAAGUGAACAUGAUUUCGCUGGAAACAUGUUCAGUGACAAACAGCAUUCUACCUCUGAUAACAUUGACAAAGGGGAAGAAAUUUUAAUAAUUAUAAACAAAACUGACCUUAUUCAAGAGGGUAUAGUCAAGGCAGUUAUCAACAGCAAUGAAAAACUACAAAUAUGUGCAGUUUCAUGUACAAAUGAAGAUGGAAUUAUUGAAUUUUUGAAAGUAUUGACGAGAAAGCUCGAAACAUUAUGUGGUAAUCCGUUAUCUGGAAACCCAAGUCUUACACAAGCUCGCCAUAGACAACAUUUAUGUAACUGUGUAUCACAACUACAUUUGUAUCAACAUUUUAUUGACAUAGAUGAUGUAGUUUUAGCAGCACAGAGCCUUCGACGAGGGACAAGAGAGAUAGGAAAAAUCACUGGAAAAAUCACUUCUGAAGAUAUUUUAGAUGUAAUAUUCAAGGAUUUUUGCAUUGGGAAAUAAAGAAAAUAAAACGUUAA